GCAUUUUUUCUCCCCGCCGAGAUUUCCCACGACUUAUAAUUUUCAUUGUGCUGUCCGUUGUCAAGAAUGUCUUUCGCACUUCCCGCUCGUCAGGUCACAUUCGGCAGGGCUGCUGCGCCUUACCAGCCAAGUCAACCUUCUCAGUCACAACCUAGUCAUGGUCUUGCGCUGCCUGGCGCCAGUACCUACAGUCUUCCGGCGCCAUCGGGUCUAGCGCUUCCGGGACCGUCACCACUAUCCCAAUCACAUACCCCUCCUCCUUCACAGCCUCAGCCUGCUGCCAAUGCUACCACGGCAAUUAGCAAUGGAACGACAUCAGCCGCUAUGGCAGGCCCCUCGACGCCACCAACUACUGCUGUCCCCGCCACACCCGUCCCCCUCACUCUUGAGCAACAGCACAUCACGGCUGUGGAAGGCAUCGUGCCCACGCUGCAAAACAUCGUUGCUACAGUUAACCUCGAUUGCCGUCUUGACCUCAAGACCAUUGCACUGCACGCUCGGAAUGCAGAGUAUAACCCCAAGCGUUUUGCAGCUGUCAUCAUGCGUAUUCGUGAUCCCAAGACAACUGCACUUAUUUUCGCCUCGGGCAAGAUGGUCGUCACGGGUGCGAAGAGCGAAGACGACUCGCGACUGGCGUCGCGCAAGUAUGCGCGUAUUGUGCAGAAGCUCGGCUUCGACGCCAAGUUUGCCGAGUUCAAGAUCCAAAACAUCGUCGGAAGUUGUGAUGUCAAGUUCCCUAUUCGCUUGGAAGGUCUUGCGUAUAGCCACGGACAGUUCAGCAGUUACGAGCCUGAGUUGUUCCCCGGUCUCAUCUAUCGCAUGCUCAAGCCGAAGGUCGUGUUAUUGAUCUUCGUGUCGGGGAAGAUAGUAUUGACUGGUGCAAAGGUCAGGGAAGAGAUUUACACUGCGUUCAACACCAUCUACACGGUGCUGUGCGAGUUCAGGAAACCCUGAUGCAGUCUACACUUGGACUUCGUUCCCUUCUUCAUGCCUUCUAUCAUCAUACGGCUCGUACUGCACCGCUCGUCGAUAGGGCCGCCCUGAUUCUCGACGACUCUCUUCGACGACGGCAGUGGGCGAGGCCAAUAAAAAUAUAUUCUUUACCGAGGGUUGAAAGACCGGGGAGCAGACGUAGUGCACGGAUAUUCCUCAUCCUCCCUCUUCACUGAUAAUAACCGACAUCUUUGUCGCCGUCUUCUUCAUGUUAAUCAACCAAUUGAACCAUUCCACGUCAAGAACCUUUCUCAUUCAUGUCUUUUGAACAUUCGGUUUGUCUUACGCGUAGACCAUAUGAUACAGUAUGCUCGUAGUCUGGGUUACAAUGUAUUACUGCCCACUUAUACCAUGAUGAACUCUCAAAGACA